GGGAGAUCAAGGACCACUGGGAAGUGUGAAUUCACGGGAUCAAUCCCAAGAUGGUUACGAAACAUCCAAUGUAGAAAUUAGCAACUCUCGAGCAGAUGAUGAUUCUGGUACUGAAAGGUAUGGUUACGAUGUAACAGGUCCCUAUGAUUCAAGAUCAAGGGAGUAUUCAACUGUUGCCCCCAAUCCCUCGUACCCAUAUGAUUCACAAUCCAGAGCAUAUGUUUCUCAAUCCGGAUCAUAUGGUUCCAACUCGAGAUCUUAUGGUUCUCAGUCUGGCUCAUAUGAUUCUCAGCCUGUAAAAGAUAGAUCACGAUCAUAUGGCGCCGAGUCACGACCCCAGGAUUCCCAAUCUAGGUCAUAUUACGCAUCUGGUUCUCAGUCUGAGUCUUACGGUUCACCACAAGGAACUGGAAGUUACAAUUCUGAAUCCAGGGGAUAUGACUCUCAAUCUAGAGGAGUAUCUGGUUCUCAGUCUGGGGCAUAUGAUUCACCUCCUGAAUCGACUAGUUACAAUUCAGAUUCCAGAGGAUAUACAUCUCAGUCUGGCUCACCAUCUGCUUCUAGAAGUUAUAGUUCAGGAUCCAGAGAAUAUAACUCUCAAUCUGUUGGAAAUGGAAAACAAUCCAAUUCACAAUCAUCAGCAUACGAUUCGCGGUCGGAAUAUUAUGGUUCCAGAGGGUUUUCGGGGGGACGUACUAGUGGACAAGCUGAUCAACUGGGCAGUUAUAAUGCACGUAGACCAUAUGAAAGUAGUCCAUAUGAAAGUGAUCGACGAUACUACAGUAGUUAUGAUGUAUAUGCUUCGUCUGGUAUAGGAAGAAAUGGCAGUGAUAAAUGUAUACCAAAAUGUUUUGCCGAGAAAGGAGAGAGGGGACUACCUGGCAGGAUGGGCAUGCCAGGAGAGAAAGGUCAACGCGGUUUUCCUGGUGAAGAAGGAAUGAUGGGAGACAAGGGAGAUAAAGGAGAAACUGGCUUAAUGGGGCCCAGAGGACCAAAAGGCGAAAGGGGUAAAACAGGUAUUCCCGGAUACUCCGGUCUUCAUGGAAUUCCUGGAAUUGCAGGCCCCCCAGGAGCACCAGGAACUCCCGGUAUGGACGGCUGUAACGGUACCGAUGGUCUUCCUGGAGAGCCUGGUUUUCCAGGUCCACCAGGUCCCAGAGGUAUUCCAGGACCAACGGGUAUUAAGGGAAUGAAAGGAGAAGCAGCUCAUUGUGAAAUUACUUUAAAAGGGCAAAAAGGGGAGCCAGGUCGUGAUGGCGUUACGGGCCCCUCUGGAAAUCCAGGUCCUUCUGGCCCAGCCGGAUUCCCAGGUCCAAAGGGAGAAUAUGGUCUACCGGGUCCCACAGGUCCCCCUGGUCCUAGAGGUUACAAAGGGUCUAUGGGCGUGGGAUUUUAUGGUAAUAAAGGUGAGAAAGGAAUAAUGGGUCCUCGAGGACAGAAGGGAGAACCAGCUGAUGGGCACCACGAACAAAACCAGACCGCUUUGGUGGGGCCGAUGGGAGAAAAGGGAAUGAAAGGAGAUCGAGGAGAAUACGGUUUUCCAGGACAGAAAGGGGAGCCGGGACCAGAAGGUGAUUACGGCAUCCCCGGAAUGGCGGGAUCUAAGGGAGAAAAAGGAUUACCUGGAGCCCCAGGUCAAAGAGGAAGAGAUGGGUUUGCUGGUCCCCCAGGACCUCCAGGACAAAAAGGAGAUCGAGGAUUAACAGGACUUUCGGGAUUGGCUGGAAGACCAGGUCUUAAAGGAGAACCCGGAAGAGAUGGAUCACAAGGUCGAAUAGGAUUAACAGGUCCUCCAGGUCCACCUGGAGGCGGUAAAGGUUUUCCCGGCCCUCCAGGACCCCAAGGACCACGAGGAUAUCCGGGUCCAAUGGGACCCAAAGGAAUGGAUGGUUUUCCUGGUGAACCAGGAUUGAGGGGACCAAUGGGACCUCCUGGCGGUUUAGGGAUUCCAGGAACGCCUGGCCCUGAGGGAGCACCGGGGGAAAAAGGAGAACCAGGAGAGGCUGGUGCAGCUGGUCUCCCAGGUGAAGAUGGGCCCAGAGGAUUUCCAGGACCCACCGGACCCCAAGGGAUCCGUGGGCUUCCAGGCGAUAAAGGUGUAUCCAUAAUGGGACCCAAAGGUGAAGAUGGUGAACCCGGACGUGACGGUCAAAUAGGGCGAAAAGGAGAAAAAGGAUUCAGUGGUCCUAGAGGAACGCCUGGUGAUGCGUUGAACGGUAUACCUGGAUUCAGUGGACCACCAGGUCAACAGGGAGAGAAAGGAAAUGCGGGUCGGCCUGGAAUUCCUGGAAAUCCAGGUAUACCUGGAGAAAAAGGAGAUAUCGGAGGAAGAUGUAUAGACUGUCUACCUGGUCUUAGAGGAGAGAAAGGUGAUCGUGGAAAUGAUGGAAGAGAUGGGGCAGUUGGACCAAGAGGUCCUUCUGGUCCACCAGGUUUUAUGGGACCACCCGGUCACGAUGGUGUUCGCGGACGAGAUGGACCUCCUGGUAACCCUGGAACACCUGGCAUAGAUGGAAAUCCAGGAUCACCAGGAUUACCUGGAAAACCCGCUAUGGUACCGAUCAACUUGGUUAGAGCUGAAAAGGGAGAAAAAGGUUCGCGAGGACGAGAUGGUCCACAAGGACCCAAAGGUUUUCCUGGUCCAAUGGGACCUAAAGGAGAUACUGGCUUACCUGGUUUCCCAGGAGAAAAAGGUGAUAGAGGAUACGAUGGCUUCACAGGUCAAGAUGGAAAACCAGGUGAACCUGGAGUACCUGGAAUCAAGGGUCAGAAAGGUGACAGUAUCAAGGGAGAGCCUGGAAACACCGGUUCGCAAGGAGAAAAGGGAGAAAGGGGAGAAGAUGGACAACAGGGUGAGGUUGGAGCCCCAGGAACUUGUCCACAGAAUUAUGAGAUAAAAGGCAACGAAGGUCCUGGCGGUCAAAAAGGAGAACGAGGAUUCCCUGGUAGGGAUGGAGAAAGAGGGGAGAAAGGUGAUCAAGGAAAUCGUGGACCAAGUGGACCUCAAGGUCAAGAUGGACCUCCAGGGCCAGUGGGUCGAAGAGGUUUACCUGGACCAAGAGGAGACAAAGGUGACAUAGGUCCGAUGGGAUUCCCUGGUGAACAAGGAAGAGACGGUACUCCUGGUUUACCUGGUUUGUCUGGAGCCAAAGGAAACAAAGGAGAAGCAGGUAUUCCUUCUGUUGGUCCACCUGGACCUGUAGGACCCAUGGGGUUGAAGGGAGAAAAAGGAUUGCCAGGUUUCCCAGGAAAGACAGGCCCGCAAGGAAAUGACGGUUUUGCUGGUUUGAUGGGAGAGAAAGGAGACGUAGGCGAGCCUGGCCGUAAUGGGCUUACAGGAUCUCCAGGAGAAAAAGGAGAACCGGGUCCAAUCGGGCCGGCUGGAAUUGAUGGAUCUCCAGGAAGACCCGGACCAGAAGGAGUGAAAGGUGAACCCGGUCUCAGAGGAGAACCUGGUAGACCUGGUCUUGCUGGAUUUCCAGGUUUCAAAGGUGAAUCUGGCAUUCCUGGUGCUCCUGGUGCUAAGGGUUUCAAGGGAAUGAUUGGUAGGCCAGGAUCCCCUGGUGUUCCUGGAAUGGAUGGUAUGCCUGGUCUUAUGGGUGAAAAGGGAGAACGUGGUUUCUACGGUCCUCAAGGCCCACAAGGUUUGAUUGGAAUGCCGGGUGAAAUGGGCCCAUCUGGUGAAAAGGGUGAUAUUGGUUCUUUUGGUCCUCCCGGUCUUCCUGGCCCAAGAGGUCUUCCAGGGUUGAAAGGACAGGCUGGUUUACCUGGACUUACAGGCCGAAAAGGUGAACCGGGAUCUGCAUCCGAAAAGGGUCAGAAAGGAGAACAUGGUAUUCCUGGAUUACGUGGACCUGAAGGAUUACCUGGCCAACCAGGUUUCAUUGGACCCAAAGGAAAUUCUGGAUUACCUGGUAGAAGCAUUCCGGGAGCACAAGGAGAAAAAGGUGAUACUGGUCCCUUUGGUGAGGAUGGAUCACCAGGAAUGAAAGGUGCCAAAGGAGAAAGAGGCCAAGCUGGUUUCCCCGGACCUAAAGGAGAUAGAGGAUUUCCAGGAAUGAUGGGACAACCAGGUAUUGACGGUUUAAAUGGACCACAGGGUGAGAAGGGAGAUCGGGGAUUCCCAGGCCAGCCCGGAUUCGAGGGACAGAAGGGCGAGAGAGGAUUACCAGGAAUAGAUGGGAUCGAUGGUCAAAAAGGAGAACAAGGUCGAACAGGAGUGCCAGGAAUUGUUGGGGCACCCGGAGAUAAGGGCGACUAUGGAGAAAGGGGACCUCCUGGUCCAUUGGUACAAGUAAAGGGAGAAAAAGGAGAACCAGGUCCUUUCGGUAUUGAAGGAAGGCAAGGAGAGAAGGGAGAUCGCGGUUUUCAAGGAGAGAUUGGUCUUCUAGGCGAAAAGGGAGAAAUAGGUUUUCCGGGCAUCAAGGGAGACAUUGGGUUACCUGGUAUACCCGGAGAUAAAGGUGAAAGAGGCUUCCCUGGAUUAACUGGAUUGCCAGGACUAACUAUUAAGGGAGAAAAGGGACUCGCUGGUCUACCUGGAAAGAACGGAAGAGAAGGUUUACAAGGGUUCCAAGGAGAAAAGGGUGAGCAAGGAUUGCAAGGACUACCAGGAAGAACGGGACCACCCGGACCCCCUGGACCUCUAGGUUUACAAGGUCAAAAAGGAGACACAGGUUUUGAUGGACCACCAGGACCAGUUGGACCAAUGGGACCACCAGGUAGGCCCGGUUUGGAAGGAGCACCAGGAAUCAUGGGGGAGAAAGGAGAUAGAGGACCUCCUGGCUUUAUGGGUGCACCUGGAGAAAAAGGUGAUCGUGGCUUAACUGGAUUACAGGGACCACCUGGUUAUCCAGGAACAAAAGGAGAUAGAGGAUUUGAUGGAACACCGGGAUUACCCGGUCCAGUUGGCCCGACUGGCCCAAAGGGAGAUGGUGGAUUCCCAGGUAAACCAGGAUUCGAUGGAAUACCAGGAGAAAAAGGAGACAAGGGUGAACCUGCCCCACAAGGAUUUCCAGGUCCAAAAGGAAAUACUGGCCCACCAGGAACACCUGGCUUUCCUGGUGAACGGGGUGCACCUGGUAUUGAUGGUUUACCUGGUGUGCCGGGAGUGAAAGGUGACAAAGGAGACAGAGGUUUCCCAGGAAUUGCAGGUACUCCGGGUCUACCUGGUGAAAAAGGAGACCGAGGAAUACAAGGUUUAGUUGGUCUGCAGGGAGCUAUAGGCGACAUUGGUCCUAAAGGGGAGCCCGGAACACCUUGCGUUGAUAUACCAGACUAUCUAACAGGAACAUUAUUGGUCCGUCAUAGCCAGUCUAGAGAAGCGCCUCGAUGUGAAAGUGGUCAUAUUCAGUUAUGGGAAGGAUACUCUCUACUAUAUGUUGAAGGUAAUGAAAAGGCUCACACUCAAGAUUUAGGAAUGGCAGGUUCGUGCAUUAGAAGAUUCUCCACAAUGCCGUUUGUAUUCUGUGACGUGAAUAAUGUUUGUAAUUAUGCUAGUCGGAAUGAUAAAUCAUACUGGCUCUCCACUGGUGCACCCAUCCCAAUGAUGCCAGUUGAAGAAUCCCAAGUAGAGGAGUACAUUUCGAGGUGUGUGGUGUGUGAAGCACCGGCUAAUGUAAUAGCAGUACACAGUCAAUCAUUGUCUCUGCCCGAUUGUCCAAAUGGAUGGAGCUCUCUCUGGAUAGGUUACAGUUUCAUUAUGCACACUGCCGCAGGAGCCGAAGGAGGCGGUCAAUCACUCUCUAGUUCUGGCUCGUGUCUUGAAGAUUUCAGGGCUUCUCCAUUCAUUGAAUGUAAUGGCGCUCAAGGAUCUUGUCAAUUCUUCGCCAACACCAUGAGCUUCUGGUUGGCAACCAUCGACGCCCAACAACAGUUCCUGAAACCCCAGAAACAAACACUCAAAGCUGGCAAUGUUAGAGAUAGAAUUAGUAGAUGCCAAGUUUGCAUCAGGAAUACGUAAAAAUUGUCAUUUUAGGGUACAUCUUUCUAAUGAAAUGUCAUCAAACACAAAUAUAUAUAUCGACUUGUUGUUUACAUUCAAUCAGUUAUUUUUUAUUCGAAAGAAAUACAUGCAAACGAGAGGUCGAUUCAAUGAUGUGUUCCUUCAAUCCAACUAGCGUUCCUCGAUCAUCUCUCGUGAUAAUAAAUAGAAUUCGAUGAUCAGCACGUUAAAAUGUAUAGUGAGCUUUGUAACUUUUUAAUACUGCCGUGCCAUGUUUGUGUAACACAAUAAAACAUGUAAAGAUUUUUGUAUAGUUCUUAGCAUUAAGUUUUAUGUAUGUAACUCUACCAAAACAAAAACAGAAUUGCUACGAUUAGUGGGAAAGCGUUCACUAAUGUUUAUCACGUUUUAUAAAUUUUAACUUAACCGUUACCUGUUGGAUAUAUUGAAGACAUAUCUUCAGAAGAGAAUAUUUUUUUAAUUUAAUGAUUUAUGGUGCUAUAUAUUCGUAAAAUAAUUUGUAUUUGCUUUCGAGAUCGCAGUGACUAUAGGCAAGAAAAAUCUCCAUUGUGACAUUCCUCUAAAAACUUCCUGGAUUAAUCCUCUAGUCAGCCACACACAAUGACAAAUCCCAGUUCAUAUUAUUUUUAUAAGCUGCCUCAUUUGUUUUCAAUAAACACUGCCAUUUGUAAAAUAAAUCGUUGAUGAAAUUUAAAA